AUGAAACAUGAUAGGAGAGUAAAGGCAAUGAAACAUGACAGGAGAGUAAAGGCAAUAAAACAUGACAGGAGAGUUAAGGCAAUGAAACAUGGCGGGAGAGUAAAGGCAAUGAAACAUGAUAGGAGAGUAAAGGCAAUGAAACAUGACAGGAGAGUUAAGGCAAUGAAACAUGACAGGAGAGUAAAGGCAAUGAAACAUGAUAGGAGAGUAAAGGCAAUGAAACAUGAUAGGAGAGUAAAGGCAAUGAAACAUGAUAGGAGAGAGAGAGUAAAGGCAAUGAAACAUGAUAGGAGAGUAAAGGCAAUGAAACAUGAUAGGAGAGUUAAGGCAAUGAAACAUGAUAAUGGAGUAGUCAUUGAAAAACAUGAUAGGAGAGUUAAGGCAAUGAAACAUGAUAGGAGAGUUAAGGCAAUGAAACAUGACAGGAGAGUAAAGGCAAUGAAACAUGACAGGAAAGUAAAGGCAAUGAAACAUGAUAAUGGAGUAGUCAUUGAUAUAUGA